AUGCAAAAUAUGUCAGUUAGCCAUAGCAAAACCUUACAGUCUGAGCUUAGUAGUUGGUGCAGGGAAGAGGGCAUCGACAAAACACAUGCCGUGUUAUUAACUGGUGUACCUACUGAGACAGAGGCAGCCUUUAUAGAAGAGGUUGCACAAAAAGUUAAAGUGUUUGGCCGAGUAAGAGUCAGAGACACUAGAUUAGGGCCAAAACCCCAUACCUUAAUGAUAUUAUGUGAGUGUAGGGGAGUUGUUGACCCCAGUAGUGCGCUAACUGAACUGCCGCCAGUACAGGGAGCUGCUCCAUGGAAGGUUGUCAUGACCUCUAAAAAUGACUCACCAACAGACCCAAACAAGUUCACUGCCAAACUAUCACUGUUCCUUAGUGGGGAUGGGAAGUCAUUGACUGAUGUACAAGCCCUCUUAACCCUGAGUAGUCCAGACCCUUGUUCUCCUGAAGCCAUAAUCAGGGCUAUGGGAAAAGUGUUGAACAAAGUGCAUAAAAGUUCCAGUGAUGGCACUGCUUAUCGGAAGUUGCGCACUUUCUCUGGUCUAAUUCCAACUCCCCAAGGGGAUGAAAAUGUAGAGGGGUGGAUAGACCAGGCUUGGAUGAUGAUCCAAGAAUGUGAAUGCUCCGACAAAGAGAAAAGGAGACGCAUCAUUGAAAGUCUAAAGGGCCCUACUCUAGAAAUUAUCAAAGCCGUCCAGUUUUCCAGCCUGGACGCCAACUCAUUGCAGUAUCUGGAAGCUUUAUAA